AUGGCCCGCCCCAUCGUCCUCUCCGCCCGCGCCAUACAAAACAUGCCAGAAGAAUCCUUCCCCUCUACCACCCCCGGCGGCAACGUCACCUGGCGCACGCUCCUCUCCUCCCCUUCCACCCCCAGCACCGCCCUGACAACCGGCCUCGCGCGCUGUGCGGCCCAGGGCGGGCAGUUGAAGUGUCACCGCCACUCGCACCCCGAAAUCUACUACAUUGUGUCUGGGCAGGGCGUUGUGAGUAUCAAGGGGGUGGAGAGGGCGGUUGGGAAGGGGGAUGUAGUGUUUAUUCCGGGGGAUGCGGUGCAUGGGGUGAGGAACGAUGAUGAGGGUGAGGAGUUGGUGUGGUUGUAUGUUUUUGCGGCGGAUGGGUUUGGGGAGGUGGUGUAUCAGUUUUGUGGGGAGGGGGCGGGAAAGGCGAGGCUGUAG